AUGAUCAAACCUUUUCACCCCAACUUUAAUCUGUACGUGCGAAGGGAGCUGAAACAUGAGGUGGACAUGCGUAUCGGUGUCCACUCUGGCUCAGUGCUGUGUGGGGUGCUGGGGCUGCAGAAGUGGCAGUUUGACGUGUGGUCCUGGGAUGUGGACAUCGCUAACAUGCUGGAGGUAGGAGGGGUGCCGGGCCGUAUCCACAUCUCCCGGGCAACGCUGGACUGUCUGGGCGGGGUCUACGAGACGGAAGAGGGGCGUGGCCACGAGAGGAACGAGUUUCUACGGAAACACAAAAUCGACACGUUCCUGAUUCGCCACACGCCCAUGGAAGAGGCUCCUGCCAAGAAGGCUUGCCGGCCCAGUCGAGAUGACACCCUUAAUGCUGGCUGGAGUACUGAGCUGCCGUUUGGAAACAUAAUCGGAAUGAACUGUAUCCUGGCGACCUUCAGCAACGGCUCUCUGGCCCAGUUACCUAACCAGCUGGCAGCUCAGCGGACGGGGACGCGUGAAGUCAACAAGAGGAUCCGCCGGGCCAUCGAGGUCCGGAGCAGCGAACGCAUGAGACAGGAACACAUCACCACCUUCACACAGGAGUUCAAGGACACACACAUCGAGGGCAAGUUUUCCCAGAUGCGUGAUGAGAUGUUCAAGUCAAACCUGGUCUGCUCCUUCAUCAUGCUCCUCUGCCUCAUGGGUGCACAGACCCUCGUCCCUGCCGCAAGAAGCAGCUCCCAGCAGCACACUUGGUCCUGGCCUGUCAACAUCUGUACACACCCUGAGUUCCUGGUUUUCAGUGGGGUGGUUGCCAUGGUGUCGUGUGCCGUGUUCUUCAGGCUGCACUGUCUACUGAAGCUAGCUGUGUUACUUCUGGCUAUAACUGUCUACACGUACCUCAUAGAAGUCAGUUACCACACACUGUUUAUACGCCAGACCUCUGAAAACACCAGGCAGCAGUACCUGAGGAGGAAGGAUGUGUGUGUCCUGCUCAUGGUCAUGUUUGUGGUGGCUGUAAUUUACAACAGUAGACAGUUGGAGGCGACGGCGCGGCUGGACUUCCUGUGGCGUCUGCAGGCCAGACAGGAAGUGGAGGACAUGAAGGAGCUGAGGGAACAUAAUGAGUGUUUACUCUUCAACAUUCUGCCUUCACACGUCGCACAGCACUUCCUAGAGAGAGACCGCCACAAUGAGGAUCUGUACUCCCAGUCCUAUGAGCGUGUGGGGGUGUUGUUUGCGUCCAUCCCGGGGUUUACAGACUACUAUGAACAGAAAGAGUUGAUCCAUCAGGAUGUGGAGUGUCUACGGCUUCUCAAUGAGAUCAUAGCUGACUUCGACGAGUUAUUAGAUGAGACAUAUUUCCAGGACAUUGAGAAAAUCAAAACCAUUGGCAGCUGUUACAUGGCUGCUUCUGGCCUCUCCCCUGAUCAACAGGAGUGUGGUGAUGAGUGGCGUCACCUCAGUGAGCUGGUGCUGUUUGCCCAGGAAAUGCAGGAGACGCUCAAACGGAUCAACACACACUCUGGAAACAGCUUUCAGCUCCGUGUUGGCGUAGCCCACGGUCCAGUGGUGGCUGGGGUGAUAGGAGCCACUAAACCUCAGUAUGACAUCUGGGGAAUGACCGUCAACCUGGCCAGCCGUAUGGACAGCACCGGGGUCAGUGGAUGUAUACAGGUCCCAGAGAGUACCAGUCAUAUCCUGGCAGAGCGCGGCUUCGUUCGCGAGCUGAGGGGGGCGAUCUACGUGAAAGGUGUAAGCGAGCGGCAGGGGAACGUCAAGACGUACUUCGUGAGGAGCCGCGAGUCGUGUUCCAGCUACAUGGAGCGCAGUGUGACCCGCGGGGGUUUGGGCCUGGGAAGGAACACUCUAUCUGCUCUGGUCUUUACCCUGGUCCAGACCAGGAAGAGAGAGACACAACGAGAGGCUAACGGAGGGUUCCACCUGCUGGAGGUCUCAUAGGCCUUGGGCUGUAUAUCAUAUAAGGAAAGAAAGGGAGAGAAUUCAGGUUAUCCUUUCCUCGUUUGUUGGAUUAAAAUCGCUUUCUAUGCAGUAAUUACCUCAAAUGGAGAACGGGGGGGUACAGGCUACAAGAGAGACACUAGAGGAGGGGAACGGAAGCUCCUCUUCUGCAGAGUACUUUAUAGCAGUGGUUCCCAAACUUUCUAAGUUACAGUACCGACCAACUGUAUUCUGCUCUGCCCCAAGUACCCUUAUAGUAUGUCAUGGGUCUUCUCAAAUACCCUCUGUGGAUUGGCCAACUUCCCGCUGGUUGGGAAUCACAUGGACGACAGCACAGAGCAGAAAACUGCUGUCUGACACCAACAGAAAUACAGUGAAUUAUAUACUGCUGUCUGACACCAACAGAAAUACAGUGGAUUAUAUACUGCUGUCUGACACCAACAGAAAUACAGUGGAUUAUAUACUGCUGUCUGACACCAACAGAAAUACAGUGGAUUAUAUACUGCUGUCUGACACCAACAGAAAUACAGUGGAUUAUAUACUGCUGUCUGACACCAACAGAAAUACAGUGGAUUAUAUACUGCUGUCUGACACCAACAGAAAUACAGUGGAUUAUAUACUGCUGUCUGACACCAACAGAAAUACAGUGGAUUAUAUACUGCUGUCUGACACCAACAGAAAUACAGUGGAUUAUAUACUGCUGUCUGACACCAACAGAAAUACAGUGGAUUAUAUACUGCUGUCUGACACCAACUGAAAUACAGUGGAUUAUAUACUGCUGUCUGACACCAACUGAAAUACAGUGGAUUAUAUACUGCUGUCUGACACCAACAGAAAUACAGUGGAUUAUAUACUGCUGUCUGACACCAACAGAAAUACAGUGGAUUAUAUACUGCUGUCUGACACCAACAGAAAAACUGUGGAUUAUAUAUUUAGUGUACAAAACAUUAAGAACACGUGCUCUUUCCAUGACAGACUGACCAGGUGAAAGCUGUGACUCUUUAUUGAUGUCUCCUGAUAAAUCCACAGACAGGUUAAAGAUGGAUUUUAAGCCAUGAGACAAUUGAGACAUGGAUUUUGUAUGUGUGUCAUUCAGAGGGUGAAUGGACAAGACAAAAGAUUUAAGUGCCUUUGAACGGGGGUAUGGUAGUAGAUUAGAGGGCACCGGUUUGUGUCAAGAACUGCAACGCUGCUGGGUUUUUCACGCUCAACGGUUUCCCCGUGUGUUUCAAGAACGGUCCAUCACCCAAAGGACAUCCAGACAACUUGACACAACUAUGGGAAGCAUUGAAAUUAACAUGGACCAGCAUCCCUG